GUCCUAAGCCAGCCAGCUCAUUUCGUAUGCUACUGGAAGACAUGGGGGCUGUGUUUCACAGCCAUUACUGACAGCGGUUACAGCUGAGAGUCUAUCUAUUUAAAGGAAAUUAUUCUGAGAGCCUCUUACAUAUCAAGCUGCCACAUCAGGCCUAAACAUGGAGUCAAUGCUCAACAAGCUAAAAAGCACCGUUACAAAGGUGACGGCAGAUGUCACCAGUGCUGUCAUGGGCAACCCGGUGACGCGGGAGUUUGAGGUUGGACGACAUAUAGCCAGCGGGGGUCCUGGAUUGUGCUGGAGGAUCUACAAUGGCACCAAAAAGUCAACAAAGCAGGAAGUGGCAGUGUUUGUGUUUGAUAAGAAGACAGUUGAUAAGUAUCCAAAAUUUGAAAAGGACCAAAUCAUCGAUUCACUGAAAAGAGGGGUCCAACAGCUUACCAGACUGCGUCAUCCACGUCUUCUGACUGUGCAGCAUCCUCUCGAAGAGUCACGAGACUGCUUGGCGUUCUGCACAGAACCUGUGUUUGCCAGUCUGUCCAACGUGCUGGGUCAGUGGGAAAACUUGCCCAGCCCCUUGCCCAGUGACAUCAAGGAGUACAAACUGUAUGAUGUGGAGACCAAGUAUGGCCUGCUUCAGAUCUCGGAGGGUUUGUCCUUUCUCCACAGUGGGGUCAAAAUGGUACAUGGAAACUUGUGCCCAGAAAAUAUCAUCCUGAAUAAGAGUGGAGCCUGGAAGAUCAUGGGCUUCGACUUCAGCAUCUCCUCCAGCAACCCCUCAGACGCUGAGCCUAAAUACACAUGUAAGGAGUGGGAGCCCAACCUCCCUCCCCUCUGCCUCCCCAACCCUGAAUACCUGGCCCCUGAGUAUAUCCUGUCUGUCAGCUGUGACUCUGCCUCCGAUAUGUACUCUCUGGGCGUGGUUAUACAUGCAGUCUUCAAUGAGGGAAAGCCUGUUUUCCAAGUCAACAAGCAUGACAUUUUUAAGAGCUUCAGCAGGCAGCUGGACCAGCUGAGCACAAUGAGUCCAUCACUGUUGAACAAGAUCCCAGAAGAAGUGCGGGAACACGUGAAAAUGCUGCUUAGUGUCACACCCAACGUCCGACCAGAUGCAGACCAGAUGACCAAGAUUCCAUUUUUUGACGACGUGGGUGCUACCACACUGCAGUACUUUGACUCGCUUUUCCAAAGGGACAACCUUCAAAAGUCCCAGUUCUACAAAGGCCUCCCUAAAGUCCUGCCCAAACUGCCCAAGAGAGUUGUGGUGUACCGAAUUUUGCCAGCGUUGACCUCUGAGUUCAUCAACCCGGACAUGGUUCCCUUUGUGCUGCCCAACGUGCUCCUCAUCGCUGAGGAGUGCACCAAAGAGGAGUAUAUUCGCCUCAUCCUACCCGACCUUACUCCUGUUUUCAAGCAGCAGGAGCCAAUUCAGGCUAGUAACAUGAUCCUGCUGAUCUUCCUGCAAAAGAUGGACCUUCUGCUGACAAAAACCCCACCUGAGGACAUAAAGAACAGUGUCCUGCCCAUGGUUUACAGAGCUCUGGAAGCCCCCUCUGUACAGAUUCAGGAGCUGUGCCUGAACAUCAUCCCAACGUUUGCCAACCUGAUUGACUAUCCUUCCAUGAAGAACUCUCUCAUCCCUCGAAUCAAAUCUGCCUGCCUACAGACCUCAUCGCUCGCCGUACGAGUGAACUCUCUGGUGUGUUUGGGGAAGAUUUUGGAGUAUUUAGACAAAUGGUUUGUCAUUGAUGAAAUUCUGCCCUUCCUACAACAAAUCCCCUCCAGAGAACCAGCGGUACUCAUGGGUAUUCUAGGCAUCUACAAGUGCACCUUCAGCCACAAGAAGCUGGGCAUUCCCAAAGAAAACCUCGCCACAAAAAGCCUGCCCCACCUUGUCUCUCUUAGUAUAGACAACAACCUUAACUUAAACCAGUUUAACUCCUUCAUGGCGGUGAUUCGGGACAUGCUGAGUCGCAUGGAGGCGGAACACAAAACCAAACUGGAGCAGCUGCACGUCAUGCAGGAGCAGCAGAGAAGUAUUAACAUCUCAAACCCAGGGCAACAAUCAGAAGAGACAAAGAACCCUCCGAAUACUGGAAACCAGAUUGAUGACAUCUUUGGCAGCUCAGGGGUUAAUGGGAAAGAGAAUGGAGCCACAGCACCAGCCUCACAGCCUAAUAGAAUGUCUCUGACGCUCGAGGAGAAGCAGCGACUGGCAAAGGAACAGGAGCAGGCGGCAAAACUACGGAACCAGCAGCCUUUAGCACCACAGACGAUCAAACCAGCCAACACAAACAACUCACAGACUAAGGACCUUACAAGCAGCCUUCUCAACAACAUGACGUCUCUAAACAGCCUGUCAUUGACCAACACAGCACGACCAGCUCCAGUUCAGGGCACCACCAUCGCUGCCUUCCCCUCCCCUAGCCCCAUGAUGGGCACCAUGGGUGGCCCAGUCUCCAACGGCUUCAACCCCACUAUGGGCUUCCAAACAGGAGGCAUGGGGAUGGCCAUGCGACCCGCGGGCCCCAACCUCUAUGGCGGCAUGGCGACCACCACCAGCACCCCAAACUUCGGCGCCCUCACGCAGAAUCAAGGACCUAUCGGGCAGUCAAACAAAACCCCUGACAUGUCAGCCCUGGACAAUCUUUUUACACCCAGUCAGCCCAAAGUCACCCUCAACCAGAUGGGUCCAAAGCCUAUGCCUGGCACCAACACCCCUUGGCUCAGUCAGUUUGGUUCAGUGCAGAACGCUCAGACUCAGAUGCAAGGGGCUUCAGUAGGCAUGGGUGGGAUGCCCAGCGGGUUUGGGAUGCAAGCAAACCCUUUUUUUAGCCCACAGAACUUUUCCCAACCUGCUGCUGCCCCGAGCAUGAACCAAAGUGGAAUUAAACAGAGUGCAUCCGCCAACAAUGAUCUGAAAGACUUGUUCGGCUAAAUGUGAAUCAAAAAAUGACACCAGGUCAAAUAUAUUCUUUUAAUAGACUUGGACAAGAGAGCCUUGAAUUCUCACACAAGACGCUGAUUGAAUGUGAAGAUUUAAAUCCUUACAAGGGUGUUUCCGUCUGUAUUUUUGAUCCGACCUGGUUUGAAAUCACUCGCUCACGUUCAGCAGGAAACAAACCUGCCUCCUGUAUCCAUUUCUACUUGACCAGAUGGACGAAACUCUUCAGGGUGGGAGCUUCUUCUUCUUCUUCUUCUAUGCUGUGUUCUUUACAUGCUGGGGAUUUCCUACUCUUUUGUACUUGACAAAUGCUGGGGGUUGAGAUUAAUCCCAGAACAGAUUCUUACUAGAAAGGUUAUUUGUUCGUAUCAUGAGUGACUGAGUGGUUGGAUCACCCUAAAAUUUGCAGAAAAACACAAAGAAAGCAGCUUCGCCUUAAGGCUUUGUACCUUUUAGUGCUUCUCCUGAAUUAUUUUGGGAUUAGCAGCAUGUCUAAAGUGAUAAAGCUUUAAAAAAUGAAGCUAAAAAUAUGAGCCAAGUGGGAGGUAGCUUGAAGUGUAGCACUGAAAAGCCUGCAGCGACUGAUCUGCAUCCAGGAGGCUUAACCUGAAAGCGGAUGUAUGAAAUUGUCAGGCUUAUGGUUGCCCUUUUGAGGAGGCAAAGUCUGGCCUUCAUUCCCCCUGCUUUGGUCUCAUUCCUCUUUUUUAUCUGCUUUUAAAGCCUUCUGUUCUUGUUACUUAAAUUAACAUCAAAGCAGGCUUAUUGAAAAGGGAAUUGUAGUUUUCUCUGGUCCAAGUUUGUAGGCAACCAUUUCACCUCCUUUGAGAAGAGAUAUUUUCAGUAAAAGGCAGUAUGAAUGACUUUUGUGGAGUAGAUUUACAGCAGCAGUGCCCCUUUAGCAAGAUGCUAAAUUAGUAAACAAGGACCAUUUGCACUGCGUAGGCUAAUGUGCCUUACAUGGGUACAUGUUAAAACUAGACAGACAUCUGUUACUCAAGUAUUAAUGGUUUCUAUUUUAAUCAGCUGUCUGGCUUUGUUGCAUGUUACUGAAAUUGACCACAAAGUUUAAUUUUAGCAUCUUUUCUAAAUCAAGUAAUGAUUCCUUAUGAUUCCAAUGACCAGUGACAAUUUAUCCACACAUUCUGCUGCAGAAGCAAAGAUGAGGGUUAACUAAAAUCCUCCUGUGCACCAUUUCUGUUGAUGAAUUUGUACAAUGAAGAUUUUCCACUAUAUAUUUUGAUUCCAGCACUGUCAGAGGACCAGUGCUGGGACGUAUUAUUAUGAAGUGUAAAUAUAUAGUUAUUUAAAAAUGGAUUAAUCAUUCAGUGAGGGCCAUGAGAUUUUGAUGUCCUUGUGAUAAUGGUUAAGAGGCCUUAGAUGAGUCGUGUGCAAUAAUCCUUACUGGGUGCACAGCGGUUGUGUCCUUACUUUCAUGUCCGCAGACCUACAGUUGUAACCGAGGUCCGUCAGAUUUUCUAAACAGCUUAACAUUCAUGUGUACGCAUUGGAGAGCUUACAUUUAUGAGGAUAACUUUAGGGGGUUUAGAAGGUGGUCACACUGUUUCUGCUGACUAAGAUUGUUGUUAACAUGCUCACGUGUAAUGUCGUUUUGGGCUAAUCUUCCUGUUCGUGCCCUUCAAGGUGAUCUACGUCCAGCUGGGGUUGUCAAAAUUUCUUAAACCUUUAAGUUGUGUAUUUAGAGCUCUACAACUGGAACUAACAAAUCGAUUUCACAAGACAUGCAUAAAAAAUGUGUAUCCUUGACCUAUGUUUAGUUGCUGUGGUAUCAAAACAAGUAUAGAGAUGGUUUGAUUUUAAAAUCAAACUUUAAAACUGGUAUCUGACGAACCCUACUUCUAGCAAAAUUACAUUUUUAUUGCCACUGAUUUUGACUUGUUUCCAAUUCAGAUUUUAUCUCACAUUUCAGACCUUCACUGUGUAAGGUUUGAUUUAAUCCCAAACUGGAUCUGAUCUGUAGGUCGUGUAUCACAUAUCAAGGCAGAACCCCAAAGCAGAAAACUAAAGCUUAUUCUUCUACCAGAUCAUUUGUAUACCACUGCUGUCCUGUAUGUGUAGUGUGGCCCUCGUUUUAUGUGUGAAGGUGCUGGUCUCUGAGGUGGAUCAAUUAAAAUCUGUACAUAUAAAAGAAAAGUACACAA